CUAAAACUCAUUCCUCGCCAGAUCCUUGCUGAGGUGUCUCGCAUCAAGAGCGCCGCUACGAAUUGACACUUGUCCGAGCGACGCGCGCGAAACAACUCUUCUUCGAUACGCCGCAUCGCAUCAUCAUCAUCAUAAUCAUCACCGCGGCCGCAAUUGUCAUCCUUGGCAGAAGUAGUAGUAGUAGAUUAGCAAGCAAUAGAGGAGCUGCAUUAAUAGUGGUAGUAGUAGUGCCGAAGAAGGCACGCAUCGGACCAGAGAGCCGCAGCUCAUUCGGCAUCGAAACAACAACGAGCACGGACCAUCAUCCUCAACAACAACAACAACAAGAUCCGUCUACAAUCAACAACAACAACAAACAACAUCGUCCGUAAACCAGGACAUCCAGUGAACUGAAUAACUAUUGUAAUUGAGUGACAAGUGAUAACGCAAACAUCACCUAUAUUCUCCCCUCGUGCGAUUUCAAAAUUAGCACCAGUGAAAGUGUCUCCAUCUCUAUCUCUUCAAUAUCAUUUUUUUUGUUGUUUACGUGCGCGCCUUAUCUAGUGUGGAUUCCUAAUUAUUUGGAGAAACGAAACAAAAAAAAAACUGGAGCGAAAACUUGUCAUGUGGAAACAGUGACCUAAACAACUAUUAAAAUAUUAACACUAGUGCUUCGAACGAUUAAGGCUAGUGCCGAAAUAAAUUGGGAAAUAACAACGACGACUUAACGAUGAACCAGCAGUGCAAAGUCUGCGGAGAGCCGGCGGCCGGCUUCCACUUCGGAGCCUUCACAUGCGAAGGAUGCAAAUCGUUCUUUGGAAGAUCGUACAACAAUCUGAGCUCGAUCUCCGAGUGCAAGAACAACGGGGAGUGCGUGAUCAACAAGAAGAACAGGACGGCGUGCAAGGCGUGCAGACUGAGGAAAUGCCUUCUCGUGGGGAUGUCGAAGAGCGGAUCUCGCUAUGGGAGGAGAUCGAACUGGUUCAAGAUUCACUGUCUGCUGCAGGAGCAGCAGCAACAGCAGCAGCAAGCGUCGGCCGGUGGUGGACAGCACAUGGUGAAGCCGCCGCAGAGGACGCCGCCACCGCAUCACCAGACUUUAGGCUUGGGGUUGCUCAAUCAGAACUUCCCUCCGCCGCUGCUGCAUCUGCCGAAGACCAAGGAGGAGUUGAUGCUGUUGGGUCUCGAUGAUUACAAGCACGCGAAUUCUCCUUCGGUGAGCUCGCCGGAAUCGCACAACUCCGAUUCUUCAGUGGAGAUAGGAGACGCCAGACGUAUGCCUCUCUUCCCAGGACUCCUGCCACCCACCUUCCUGUCGCCGCAGGCACUGCUCUUCCCGCCUGGAUACCCGCAGAUGUACCCAGGACUCCUGCAGCCCGUGCAUCACCAUCACCACCACAACAACAACAACAACAGUAGCAGUAAUAACAAUAACAACAACAACAACAACAGGAUGAUGAGGAACCACAAUCCAGGCGUGGAGACUUUCAGUAAACGCGUCUUCUUGGACGCGGUUCUUCAGUCGCAGCGAUCGCCGACGCCUGAGGAGGUCGUGACGACGCCGGUACCAUCGGAAUCGCCCAUCCAGGAGGAUCCAAUCGAUCUGAGCAUGAAAACGCUCAGCGAACGGGGCUCAUCUCCAGCCCGGAGCGAUCGCACCGGAUCGGAUGCGACGGAACGCGGAAGCGAGGCCGACGAGGAGGAAAGCGACUGCGACUCGGAGCGCGACCUCAAGCGCAUCAAAUUGAUUCGACCCACCCCCCUGGACCUCACCACCAAGGUGUGAUCAUCAUCAUCACAAAAAAAACAAACCCUUGAUACAUCCCCCCCCCCCAACCAAUCUACCACCUGAGAUGUGUUCGAACGAAGAGCAGCGAAGGAAAUGAAACGACCUGCAGCAUCAAUCAAAAAACAAAAACAAAAAGAAGCAACAGAAACGAUGGUUUAGUAGAGUUCGCGCGCGCGCCAACCCAUCGACAACUUUACGGGUGGCCCCCAUGAAACGCACACCUUUUCCUCCGAGGAGAUCCAAUUCAGAAGUGUAUUUACACCGUGAGCGAGGCAGUAAAUUCGAUCGAAACUCGAUAUCAAAGCCACCUCAUCUCAUCUCUUCUUCUCUCUCAUCCAUACACAAAUUCUUCGCCAUCCGGAAUCCCCCAAGGAUCAUCGCGCGCGCUCUCGAAUACCGCAAACGAGACAAAACAAAACGAAAACAAAAACAAACAAAAAAAUAUAUAUAAAUAUAAAAACGAAUGUUACCAUAAAGUAUAUGUUUUUAGUGUGUAAGAUAUGAACGCAGCAGGUGACCUGUUCAUAAAACUUAAGUGUUGUAUCAAAGUAUCCCCGAGUUUACAAUCGCAGCAGCAGAAGAAGAAAAAAUAAUAAUAUAUAAAACAAUAACUUUGCGUGUUAUUGUUUCCAUCCGUUACAUUACACAUAUUAUAUAAAUACACGUUUUUUUACCUGUACAAAUCUAAGAUAUUAACCUUACAUAAUUAUAUAUAGAUAUAUAUUACGUUAUUAUCAUCAUCAUCGAUAUGUUAAAAUUGUAUAUUUUUCUUCGUCGCGAUUUACUGAAAUUAAGGUGUAGUUGUUGUUUCUUUAGCUGCUCUCGAGUCCAAUUCCGAAAACGGCCAGUAUAAAUAGUAAAUUUAA